UACCAAGGGUACGUGGAUAUUGUAAUAGCCUUAGCACAGUGUCCUCAUAUUGAUGUAAACUGGCAGGACAACGAAGGGAAUACAGCUCUAAUUACAGCUGCUCAGGCAGGACAUAUUAACAUUACACAAUAUUUACUCAACUAUUAUUCCGGUCUUGAUAUUGAGAAAAGGAAUGCAUUUGGAUUUACUGCACUUAUGAAAUCUGCCAUUCAAGGCCGAAGUGAAUGCGCCAGAGCCUUAAUAUUAGCAGGAGCAAAUAUUAAUGCAACAGAUCCAGGUCGUGGAUUCACACCUCUAGAAUGGGCAUGUUUCACAGGAAGAAUAGAAUCUGCAUAUCUAAUACAGAGACUUAUGGAUAAGCCAUGCGCUGAGCAAUUUUGUGAUCAAUAUUUGCUUGAAUGGCCAAAGUUGAAGGAACUUCUUGCCAAGGCUACAGAUUCAAAAACUUGCUUGCAGAAGAUCUCAGCAACUUUGAGAUCCAUUGUCAAUUUCAGAACUGUCCAUGGUCCUGAAGAAGAUGGGGUCCUGGAUCACAUGGUUAGAACAACAACAAGUUUAAGAAGCUCCUUUGUUGCCAUAGCUUGUAGGACUGUGUGCCCUGAAAGUCCUCCUGCUGUAGGAAAACGUAGGCCAGCUGUGCAAGAAAUUCUUAGGAAACAAAGAGCUAAAGAACUUCAAAUUUUGGAGAACAGGGAACAUUUUAACAGCUAUAGGAAGUUGUUUCAGAAUUCCAGAAUUACUCUACUGUCCAAAAAGAAGGAAAGGAGAGCCAGCCUGCAGCAUUUUAACGUGCCCCAGGUCAAGGUUGUGGUUCCAAGGAAAGCCAGUCUCUUACCACUGCACUUGUUAAGAAGAAGCAGUGUUCGACCUGGGCUUGUCAUCCCCAGAGUCCGUAUAAGUAAGGCACCUCGGCCUACAUUCCAGCCAGAGAAAGUGCGACGGAAAAGUAAUGCCAGUGAUGGGACCUACUUGGAGAUUCCCAAAUGGAGAUAUAAGGAGCUGAAGGAACAAAGGAAGAAGGCUGAAGAAGAAAAGAAAAGAGCUGAAGCUUUACAGAAAACCACAUCACCAUCUCUGCAGAGAAAAAGGACUUAA